ACAGGUUUAUUUAAGUCUGAAGGUUAAUUAAGGACACCAUCAAUAAAAUAUUCAGGCCACCGAAGAGCCCAGUUUCUUUGCCGCUGUUUUUGCUUCUGCUGUAAUAACAGUGUAACCUCCGAGAUCAGUAUCCUGUGUUUUGGAAGCGCGUGAGGCCCUACUGCAUCUGCUGUGUGCAUUUGCCAGGCAUUUCCAAGCCUAAGUUCCCUGUAGUUUGAAGUCUGGAUCUGACCCCUGUUCUGCUUCUCAAGGCAUAUCACUAAGGGAGGAUUUGGCAAGCAUGGUACCUGGUCAAAAGCGAAAGUUGGAAAGAUUUCCAAUUGUCAGAAUGUCCACAGAAGGAGGAUUUGGUGGUACCAGCAGCAGUGAUGCCCAGCAAAGCCUACAGUCCUUCUGGCCUCGUGUCAUGGAAGAAAUCCGGAAUUUGACAGUGAAAGAUUUCCGAGUACAGGAACUCCCACUGGCUCGUAUUAAGAAGAUUAUGAAAUUGGAUGAAGAUGUGAAGAUGAUCAGUGCAGAAGCCCCUGUACUCUUUGCCAAGGCAGCCCAGAUUUUUAUCACAGAGUUGACUCUUCGAGCCUGGAUCCACACAGAGGAUAACAAGCGCCGGACUCUACAGAGGAAUGAUAUCGCCAUGGCAAUUACAAAAUUCGAUCAGUUUGACUUUCUCAUCGAUAUUGUUCCAAGAGAUGAACUGAAACCUCCAAAGCGUCAGGAGGAGGUGCGCCAGUCUGUGACUCCUGCUGAGCCUGUCCAGUACUACUUCACGCUGGCUCAGCAGCCCACCGCCGUCCAAGUCCAGGGGCAGCAGCAAGGCCAGCAGACCACCAGCUCAACAACCACCAUCCAGCCUGGGCAGAUCAUCAUUGCGCAACCUCAGCAGGGCCAGACCACACCAGUGACCAUGCAGGUUGGAGAAGGUCAGCAGGUGCAGAUUGUCCAGGCCCAGCCGCAGGGUCAAGCCCAGCAGGCCCAGAGUGGCACUGGACAGACCAUGCAGGUGAUGCAGCAGAUCAUCACAAACACAGGAGAGAUCCAGCAGAUCCCGGUGCAGCUGAACACCGGCCAGCUGCAGUAUAUUCGCUUAGCCCAGCCUGUGUCAGGCACUCAAGUUGUGCAGGGACAGAUCCAGACACUUGCUACCAAUGCUCAACAGAUCACACAGACAGAGGUCCAGCAAGGACAGCAACAGUUCAGCCAGUUCACAGAUGGACAGAGGAACAGCGUGCAGCAAGCUCGAGGCUCUGAGCUAACGGGAGAGGCAGAGCCCAGAGAAGUGAAAGCCACAGGAAAUGCAACUCCCUGCACUUCUUCCCCGCCCACUACACACACCCCCUCACACCGUGCUGGUGGCUCCUGUGUCUGCUGCUCCCAACCCCAGCAGAGCUCCACCUCCCCUCCUCCCUCUGACGCCUUGCAGUGGGUGGUGGUUGAAGUAUCUGGGGCCCCCAACCAACUCGAGGCCCAUAGGGAGCUGCAUGCCCCUCUCCCAGGGGUGACCUCACUCUCUCCUCUCCACCCCUCGCAGCAGCUCUACCAGAUCCAGCAAGUCACCAUGCCUGCCGGCCAGGACCUCGCCCAGCCCAUGUUCAUCCAGUCAGCCAACCAGCCCUCCGACGGGCAGGCCCCCCAGGUGACCGGAGACUGAGGGCCUGAGCUGGCAAGGCCAAGGACACCCAACACAAUUUUUGCCAUACAGCCCCAGGCAAUGGGCACAGCGUCCCUCCCCAGAGGACCCCGCCGACCUCAGCGCCUCCUGCAGGCUAGGACAUUGGUGCGCUACGCCCCACGCCUGGGGGCCGAGAUUCUCCAACAGAAAGAUGCAAUAUUUUUUAUUUCCUGUUUUCCAUUUUUUUUCUUCAAGGAAUCAAUAUUUCAAUAUGUUGAGCUGUGUGUCCAAUGCUAUGAAAUGAAAAUAUUAAAUAACAUAUUUAUGGCAUUUUCUUGAAGAGUGUGGUUAAAGAAAUAUUUCUUUUGUUUUUCUUUUUUGAGGGGUUUACCUCCACUUCAUUUUAGGAGCAAAUCUAACAGGUAUAUGUUAUCUCCUGACUCUUGGAACAGCUGCCGCCCUCAGGGUUUUCCACCUUAUUCUGCCCUCAGAUUAAAUGAGGUGAAUGUGCAUAGCUUCUUCUUCAUUAGUGGUCCUCUCUCCUUGUCCCUGCUCUGGCCCUGGAGCUCUGCAUUUGCAUCCAGAGGUCCAGGAAACAUCCCUUGCAUGGAGAGGGGAUGGUUUCAUUCCCAAACCCUACUCUCCCAGGGACUCAAGGAGACUAGAACUUUGUGCAUUUACCUCCCAUACACACGUUUUUAUUUUAUUUUUUAAAUGCAUUAAAAUUGUGCUAGUCUUCUUUGCUGCAUGGACUUCAAACUGCAUGACAUGCAAUAAAUCUCAUUUUAGA